AUGAGAAGAGGAAUUCGGGGGAAGGGUCUGUCCUCUCACUUAGACGGAGUUACAGAUUCUCCCUCCCCAACGGAUCUGAACUAUAGUCGAUGGCAACAGCGGGAUGAUUGUUGCUUCAACUGGAUUAUAAGCAACAUCGACGCCAGCCUCAUAAACGAGGUCUCCCAAUACGAAACGGCGUUUGACUUAUGGGACAGUCUUGCCACUACGUACGGGAGUGGCGCCGAACAAUUCCAGAUAUCCAACCUGCACAGACAAGCGUACAACAUCAAACAAGGGGAUUUAACCCUAGAAAAUCUAUGGCAAAAACUCCAGGAUCUCUGGAUAUCCAUCGACACCAGACACCCUAACCCAAUGGACUCACCAGAGAGCAUCGAGAAGUACAACCAAUACAUACAGAGGCAUCGGUUAUACCAGUUUAUCUGGGCACUGGAUGAUACCAAAUACAGCAAAGUCAAGAGGGAUAUUCUCAAUAUGGAUCCAAUUCCAUCAGCAAGGAAGGCAUACGGCCUAGUAAGACGGGAAUCCGUUAACGAGAAACUCCUCACCCUAGACUCCGAAAUCGGAGUCGGCCUCGCAGUGUACGACCGAAGCCGAACCUUCACACCACAAUUCAACCCACCGCCGAGGCAUCCCAACCACCACAAAGACGAAGACAAAAGUAGACUAAUAUGCAGUCAUUGUGGAGGGAAGAACACACCAGAUAUACUUGCUUUCAUAUCCAUGGAUUCCCGGAGUGGUGGGAAGAAAUGA